AAUAAAAAAAAUGAUUUUUUCUUUAAAAAAAAAGAAAAGGAGAAAGAGAGAAGGAGAGCAGAAUCGCUUGUCCGUCUCUAUCAUUUCUUGUCUCUCUGUUUGCGCUCUCUCUUUCAUCCUUUGCUUCUCUUCAACAAAGAAGUGAAGAGGAGAAAGGAAACGAAUAGAGGAGAACGGAAAGGAAAGGAAAUCCUUCCAAGCAGCACCAGACACGCUUAUUUUGUUCUGCCAAUUUUAUCUUAUAUCUGGUUUUUUGUGCUUGGACGGAUUUGAUCUCCAAUUCUAUUUCUUUUUUGGCUUUGAUUUAUUGAGAAGGCGAGGAAAGAGAAGAUGAUGGUAGCUAACAGUUUCGAUCUGUGGCAAAAAGAUGCCUUCUUUUCUGCAGCUGAAGAGGUUCAGGAAUCUGCUGAUGUAAUGCAAUCAGCAUAUAGGAUGUGGAUAAGAGAGAAGAAAGAGGGAUCACUGGAGUAUCUAGAUGAACUGUCCAGAGACCUCCAAACUGCAUUAGGUACUGCAAAGUGGCAGUUGGAGGAGUUUGAGAGAGCUGUCAGGUUGAGCCAUGGACAUCGCAGUGAUGAUAUUGCAGCAUCUAGGCAUAAACAAUUUGUUGCUGCUAUUCAAAGUCAAAUAUCAGAUGUUGAAGCAGCAUUAAGGGAAGCUUUCACUGAGGAAGGAAAGCAACCUCUUCAAUGGGUGACUCUGAAUAAAGAAGAAUGUGAUGAUUUGGCCUUAUUUCUAUCAGGAACUCCCCAAACUCCACAAAUUGUAAAAGAUAAUUGCACUGCACAUAGACUUUUGGAAUGUCCUUUCAUGGAUAUUCAUCAUACGAGAAAAGAUGCAGAUCAUAAUCUUAAGGCUACCUGUAGUACAGGUACUUACAAUGAAAAGGAUUUUAAUGAUGUGGUUACUAGUAACAAGCACGAUGAAUUUAUUAUAGAUAUAGAGGGAAGAGAAACUUCUAGAAUGAAAGAUGAUAUAAUCUGUCAAUCUGAUAAAACAAAUGGGGCAAGAAAAACAUGGAGUUCACCAAAUUUUGGUGCUUUGAAGAUCGUAAUUGCUGAUGAAAGUGAACAUCGAAAUGGAUCAAUUCCAAGAAUUGAGAUCACACCUAAAGAAAAAGGGUCCAAACAUCUCUUCUGGAAGCCAAGAUCUGGAGAAUAUUCUCGAGGAAAGGGAUCAUGUAAUAUGUUCAAUCAGCUUUUUGGUCAGGUUGGUGGGUUCCAAAGGCAAGCACCAUCUAACCUACAGUUCAGUUGUUCUGUUCAACUUACAUUAGCUUUGAUGCUAAGUAUUUUUUUGAUUGUGCCUUUCCUGCUUUAUUCAGCUUGAGAGGAAGUGGUAACUUAUUGCUCCUGAUUAAGGUGCUGAAGAUAUUUCUGGAUAAGGGAAAGCGUGUGUAAAGGAGGAUGCAAACGAUUACGAACAUCUUCCAGUCUACUCUUACCGUUAGGGAUAAGGCUAGCCUAGCUCUGUGAACCACAGUAGUGAAACUAGCAACAGGAAUAUGGGGUAUUGUAUUCCCUACUCCCUAACCACACAAAGUGUACAUGUAUUCAUGUAGUCUCAAAACGUAUUUGGUAGUGUACAAAAAUCCCAUUUGAGUUGAACUUCAAAUUUAAGAUCAAAAGUUUGAGGGCUAAAUUGUAAUAAUGGAGCUUUUGUUUGCUUGCACUAAAUAAUCAUUUGUGUUCAUUAAUCAAUAUUAAAAAUUACCAGUA